CACAAGCACAACCAAGUGGAUUUCCAGAUACACUUGCAAGCUCAGGGUCCAAGAGCCAUGAAGGUCCUUGCUGUGCUCGUCCUAGCUGUUUUUACUGGCUGUAAUGCCAAUCUCUUUUAUGCUGAUGCACCAAAGCCCCAGCUGGAAGUGAUGCAAGAUGCUUUCUGGGACUAUGUUGCAAAAGCCACUCAGACAGCUGAUGACACCCUGCAGAUGAUCAAAAAGUCUCAGAUUGGCCAGGACUUCAGCACCCGUCUGACAGAAGGUGCUGACAUGGCCAACCAGUAUGCCGUCACACUGCAGGAGCAGCUUCCUAUUGGAACCCAGGAUAUGAUCAACAAAUUCACCGCAGAGGCUGAAAUGUUGAAAGAACGUGUGACCCAGGAGCUGAACACAGCCCGGGAGAAACUGGAGCCUUACACUGAGAACAUCAAGACCCAAAUGCAGCAGAGAGUGGAGCAGAUCAAACAGGAGCUGGCCCCAUAUGCUGACUCCCUGGACGCCGACACCCUGAGGACCACUCUGAUUCAGAAGAGUGAGGAUCUGAAGGCCAGCGUGGAGCAGUCUGUGCUGGAGUUGCAUGAGCUGGUGGGACCAUAUACUGACAACCUGAAGGGAAAGUUGGAACCCCAUCUGGAGGAAUUCAAGCAGAAAGCGAUCCCCGUGACCGAGAGAGUCCACAGCGAGCUCACACAGAAAGCCCAGCAAGUGAGAGAAAUGGCUGCUCCCUAUGUUGAAGAUCUGAGGGAGAAGCUGGACCCAUACGCCCAGGACCUCAAGGAUCGUCUCACCACCCUUUAUGAAUCCUACACUAAAACCAACUAAGUCAAACUCCGGGUGCCAUUGAACAAAAAACUGCAUCAAAUAAAACCAAAUCCUCUUAUCCCUGACCCCAGUAACAUGUCCUUUUCAGUAGCAUUAACUCACCUUUCGUGAAAGUUGUGAUUAUUGUUAAAUGACCUACGCUGUCAAAAACUUUAAGGCAUAAGUUAAAGUUGGUCUGUGACCACACGUUGUAUUAUGGAAAAUAAAGUAAAAGCAAAAUAA